AUGGCUGCACAAUUGGGACUUCUUAAUCCGUUGGCAGGCAAUGGUGCGCAGUUAGCAACUGCUCAACAGACCCAACAGUUAAUGGCAGCAAGUAGUCAAGCAGCAGCCGUGGCAGGUAUUCCAGGCUAUCCCGGCACUUUCACGCCUAAUGGAGUUGCAAACUCGUUGGGUACUUCCAAUGUACUUGGGCAACUCGGACUUAUCCAAGCUCAAGCUGCACAGGCUCAAUUAAUUGCUGCUGCUUCAAUGGCACAUCAACAGUUAAUCAAUCCAGCAGCAGCUAUGGUAGCCGCAGCUUUAGGGCCUGGAGUUUUUAUGCCCUCCCUUCAACAAGAUCUCUUCGGCAUCAUUCCUAAUUCACAACAAGGAUCAUCAACUGGCAUAGGAUUAUUGGGUGCUGUAGGAGGUAGUUCAGCAAUACAAGCAGCAAGAAGUGGUGCAACCACUGGAUCCUUGCAUUUAUUGAGGCAAUCUAAACAGCUUUCAGCAACAGCAACAUCAUCUUCCUCUGGGACAGGACAGUGCGGCUCCAUAUCAGAAGGGGCAAACGUUGCGGGUUUAAUACCUGGCAGUUACCCAUCUCAGCAGCCAGCAGCAUUUCUACAACAACCGAAUACUUGUGGGCAACAAAUGCUGUUUGGAAUUGAUCAACCAUUAAACUCGGGUCUCUAUGGGCAAAUGCUGCAGCAAGCCUUGAUUGCUCAACAACAAGCACUAACUGCAGCAGGCCUGACCACUAAUCAGCAUCAUUCAAAGGAAGAAUAUUCAAUGGGCCCAGAUGGAUGCAAUCUGUUUAUAUAUCAUCUACCUCAAGAGUUCACAGACAAUGAACUGAUCCAGAUGUUUGCCCCAUUCGGGCAGUUACUUUCAGCCAAGGUCUUUGUCGAUCGAGCCACUAAUCAAAGCAAAUGUUUUGGUUAG